AUGCGAAUCGUGUUUCAGAUUUUUCCAGACAAUGCUACGAAGCGUGAAUUACGUGUCAAGUUUGUAGAGUGUCCGAACAAGAAAUGUGGUUGGAAAGGAAACUUUAGAAACUAUGAGGGUCACUAUGAUGUGUGUGCCUGGCUAUUAAUUUUGUGUAAUAAACAAGGAUGCGAUGAGAUGGUCAUCAGAGGCAAUUUGGCAAGUCAUCUUGAAAAUGAAUGCUUGAUGCGCAUUGUUCAAUGCCAAUUCUGUGAAGUAAAGAUUGUUUUCAAGAAUGUAGAGAAACAUCAUAUGAAUGAAUGUCCUCUGUAUCCCGUCAAGUGUCAGUAUUGUGGACGGGAUGAUUUUACGCGAGACAAGUUAAAACUUCAUCAGGACCCAACCGAUGGAGAUUGUGAAAAAAAACUUGUACUCUGCACUUACAGUGUUGUCGGAUGUGAAGAACAGAUACAAGCAGAAGAUCUGGUCACUCAUUUAGAAAACCGAAUGCUUGAUCAUCAAGAACAACUGCUACAUAAUGUUCUCAAAGUACAUGGAUUUGUUGAAAGUAACAAGAAAGAUAAAGAAGCAAUGCAGCAAUUGUUUUCACAAUUUGAAGAUCAAGAAAAACAAAGUGAGAAGAUCAAAAAAAGAUGCGCACAGUUAGAAAAAGAUAUAUCAAAUGUGUUGGAAAAUGUAAAUCAAG